AGGAAAUCUCGCAAUGGCUGUAUGGUCAGCACAGGGUUUCCUGUUCCUCUCUGGGAGCCGGAGCUGCGCCAGGUCCAGAUUGCACCGGCCCCAGCCCCGGGAGCACACCGGCACCAGCUCCGUGGCCGGGACCUCACGGCACACACAGCCUCGUCCCACCAGGACCACGGUGCCAUGGGCUUCGGGCCGGAGCUGUGGAGCCCGCAGGGGCACAGCGCGCUGCUGCGGCUGCAGGACAGUGAGCUGCGCCUCCUGGAGCUGAUGAAGAAAUGGAUGUCGCAGCGGGCCAAGAGUGAUCGGGAGUACGCGGGGAUGUUGCACCACAUGUUCUCCCAGCUGGAGAAGCAGGAGGGCUCUGGGCAGCUCCGUGCUGGUGACCACGGAGGCCAGAUUGGGGAGUCGUGGUGGGUGCUGGUGAGCCAGACGGAGACGCUGAGCCAGACCCUGCGGCGGCACGCAGAGGAGCUGGCGGCGGGGCCGCUGGCCAAGCUGAGCCUGCUCAUCCGCGACAAGCAGCAGCUCCGCAAGGCCUUCAGCGAGCAGUGGCAGCAGCUCAGCCAGGAGUACACCCGGACCACCCAGCAGGAGAUGGAGAAGCUGAAGGCGCAGUACCGCAGCCUGGUGCGUGACAGUACCCAGGCCAAGCGCAAGUACCAGGAGGCCAGCAAAGACAGGGAGAGGGAAAAGGCGAAGGAGAAGUAUGUGCGCAGUCUCUGGAAACUCUAUGCCCUGCACAACCAGUACGUGCUGGCCGUGCAGGCAGCCGCGCUGCACCACCACCACCACUACCAGCGGGCGCUGCCCAGCCUCCACGAGUCCCUCUACAGCCUGCAGCAGGAGAUGGUCCUCACUCUGAAGGAGAUACUCGGGGAGUACUACAGCAUCAGCAGCCUGGUGCAGGAGGACGUGCUGGCCGUACACCAGGAAAUUGCCCAUGCUAUCGAAGCGAUCAGCCCUGCCGCUGAGUACAGCAGCUUUGUCCAGUGCCACAGGUAUGGCUGCGAGGUGCCACCAGCCGUCACCUUUGACGAGAACUUGCUGGAGGAGACGGAGAGCCUGGUGCCAGGGGAGCUGCAGCUGAACGAGCUGACUGUCGAGAGCGUCCAGCACUCCCUGACGUCCAUUGAGGAGGAGCUGGCGGCCACCACAGAGACUGUGAGCAGCAAGGAGCAGCGGGUGCGGGAGCUGCAGGCUGAGAUCCAGGGCGAGGAGCAGGGGCUGAGACCCGGGGAGCGGGUGCACUUGCUGAGCAAGCGCCAGGGGCUGCAAGAGGCCCAGCAGCAGCUCCAGGGCUGCCUCUGCACCCAGGCCAAGCUGCAGGCACAGCGGGAUGUGCUGGCCAACAAGCUGGCGGAGCUGGGCUCUGGAGAUCCCCUGCCUGCCCUGCCCCUGCAGGAGGACCGGCACUCAGUCUCCUCCGUGGAGCAGGAACGCAGCGGGGCCACUGCGCUGGAGACCCUCAAGAACCACAUCUCGGGCAUCUUCAGCCCCAAGUUCUCGCUGCCACCCCCUGUGCCCCUCAUCCCGGAGGUGCAGAAGCCGCUGUGCCAGCAGGUCUGGUACCAUGGGGCCAUCCCACGCUCAGAGGUGCAGGAACUGCUGAGCUGCAGCGGGGACUUCCUGGUGCGGGAGAGCCAGGGGAAGCAGGAGUAUGUGCUCAGCGUGCUGUGGGACGGGCAGCCCCGGCACUUCAUCAUCCAGGCUGCCGACAACUUGUACCGGCUGGAGGGCGACGGCUUCCCCACCAUCCCGCUGCUCGUCGACCACCUCCUGCACAGCCAGCAGCCCAUCACCCGCAAGAGCGGGAUCAUCCUGGCCAGGGCCGUGCCCAAGGACAAGUGGGUGCUCAACCACGAGGAUGUGCUGCUGGGGGAGCGCAUCGGCCGGGGUAACUUUGGGGAGGUCUUCAGCGGCCGCCUGCGUGCUGACAACACCCCCGUGGCUGUGAAAUCCUGCCGGGAAACCCUGCCACCUGAGCUCAAGGCCAAGUUCCUGCAGGAAGCCAGGAUCCUCAAACAGUAUAACCACCCCAACAUAGUCCGGCUUAUUGGCGUCUGCACCCAGAAGCAGCCCAUUUACAUUGUCAUGGAGCUGGUGCAGGGGGGGGACUUCCUGAGCUUCCUGCGCAGCGAGGGGCCCCACCUGAAGGUGAAAGAGCUGAUCAAGAUGACAGAGAACGCUGCAGCAGGCAUGGAGUACCUGGAGAGCAAGCGCUGCAUCCACAGGGACCUGGCUGCCCGCAACUGCCUGGUGACGGAGAAGAACAUCCUGAAAAUCAGCGACUUCGGGAUGUCGCGGGAGGAGGAGGAUGGUAUCUACGCCUCCACGGGAGGCAUGAAGCAGAUCCCUGUGAAGUGGACUGCCCCCGAGGCACUGAAUUACGGUACGGGGUGGCACCGGGCAUGGCCUGGGACCUGCGCAGCAUACGGGGAGGGAAGGGGGGAGGCUGUGCCGGGGGACCCAGGAGUCCAGGGGGCACCGCCCGGCACCCCGCGCGUGGUGCUGGGGCGGGAGGCAGGGAGAGCCGGGGCACCCGUUGGGGCGGCGGUGACACGGGCGUCCCCCGCCGCUCGCCGCCCGGCCCACGCCGUGUCCCCAGGCCGAUACAGCUCGGAGAGCGACGUCUGGAGCUUCGGGAUCCUGCUGUGGGAGGCCUUCAGCCUGGGCGCCGUCCCCUACGCCAACCUCAGCAACCAGCAGACGCGCGAGGCCAUCGAGCAGGGCGUGCGGCUGGAGCCCCCCGAGCAGUGCCCCGAGGAGGUGUACCGCCUGAUGCAGCGCUGCUGGGAGUACGACCCCCGCCGGCGGCCCAGCUUCAGCGCCGUCCACCAGGACCUCAUCGGCAUCCGCAAGCGGCACCGGUGAGGGGCGGCCCCGCGCCCCGGGGCCGUCCCGCCGGCAGCGCCCGUCCCGCGGGCGGGGCCCGCCUGGGAAGCGGGUGCCGGGGGCGGCCGGGCGGCGGCGGGCGUGCACCAGGAGGCUCCCGGGCAAUAAACGUGGGCUCUGC